AUGGAAAUGCCAGAAUCACAAUGUUCUGGUAACCCUCGGGGCAUCCCACUCGUCUGGCUUCGUGAUAACUUUCUUCAUUUAUCUAGCUUCGCCAAUGAGGAGACGAGAAAAAGACAUCUGUUUGCAUAUUUGUUGUGGCUCCUCGGGAAUCUAUUUCCAAAUUCACAUGGGGACGUUGUUGUCCCUGGUCUCAUCUACAUUGCGGAGAAUAUGGUAGAUGAACCUUUACCCGAGCAGCCAAAAUACAGCUUCGGUUCUGCCAUGCUAUCUCAUACAUACAGAGGCUUGUGUGAUGCCACGCAAAAAACCUCUUUCGCACAAAAAGCUCCAUUACUUUGUGUCGCCUAUGAGUUUCUACAGUUGUGGUCCUGGGAAUACCUCCCUGUAGGACGACCUCGUAUAGUACAACCCAUAUACCCAUAUGACUUUGGCGAGGGUGCUAGCGCAACUAUGGCCACCAGGUGGACAAAGGCACGGAAACGUUGGUCUCCAGAUAUUGCGAAAAAUUGUUACCCUAUGUACCACCAGCAGUUUGAGAUACUUGAUGAGGCAGAAGUCACAUGGAACCCGUGGACUCAGGACCAGCUAAAAAUGGUCUUUGAUGCUCGACACUUCACACCAGGCAUGUUGACCGAUAGUGCAUUCUGGCUGACUCGCUGCAACUUAUUGUUCCUGUGGUGUGUUGAACCUUACAACCCAGAGCGUGUAAUGAGACAGUUCAGUCUCUAUCAAGAAAUUCCACCACCUUUUCCCAGACGUAUCGAUGAGGAAACACAUAAGCUAACCAAUAUGGGCAGGGGUUGGAGUUUAUACGAUUGGAGGGAAGAGAACAGUGAAUGGGUACACAAGUGGACAAAUGAAGCGCUAGCAGAUAUAGUGCGUCAACUUAGGCCGUACGAUGGAAGUACAGAUCAAGCGUACAAGCAGUGGUACUGCAUGAACACACGUGCUAGCCUGGCCAGUCAGCCAGCUACUAUACCAACACAUCUCACACAAGAGGAGCAGGCGCGGAGACAUGUUGAGCUGCAUGCAGCUUACUAUCGUGACCACCUGCUUGAAAAUGUCAACGAAGUAGGGCAGAUGGCUACGGAUAGCAUGCCGGCCCAGGGCCCAUAUCGCAAGACAUUCCAGAAACUUUUGCAACAAUUCGUGGCAAAGAAGUUCAGAUGCGGUAGAGGCGACGACGUUGCCACUGGAGCAUACAUGCCGGUAGCGAGGUCAGCCAGACCGAGUGCGGCACCGUCGUCCAGACCAAGCGAGCUUCGUCAGGGGCAGACAUCUCAGGACCAUGGCACGGGCUUGGAUUCGAUGCCCGAGCAGUUUCUUUCCCCUAACCCAUAUGCAUACACAGGAUAUGAUGCAUACACCCAAGGUGAGGGAUCUCAGCCGUUUCUCUCCACGCGAGGGAUCCCCAUGCCCGAGGAGACUCGUGUACCAGAUUUAAACCAGCACCAAGUACAAUGGCCAGACAGUAUAGGAGAGGGAUAUGCUCAGGACACACCUGAUGUUAAUUGGGGCGAUGAGAACACCCAACGCGGCAUCAACACAGGCCUCCGGGGAGCAUCACAUGAUCAUGGCGUCAACACAGGCCUCCGGGGAGCAUCACAUGAUCUUGGCGACACAGUUACAUCAUUAGUUACAGAGUUCUUCGGAGGGGAUGUUAUUGGCCCAUCUUUUAUCCCCCCGGAGUCACAACCAUACGCGUACAAUUACGUUUCAGGUUCGCAACAAGGAUUCGCGACUCCACCACCUACGCAGGACUCGCAGACACAUGAAGCCGAAUUGGAGUACGGCCGCGGUCUUCGUGUGACCCGGCCACCUAAUCGCUUGUCCCCUUCCGGUCGUAAGGAAAGGCCAGGUGGUCAUCGUAAAGUAGGGUGA